AUGUCUCUGUCCGAGUGGCUAGAGGAAAGGAAACGGAAAACUAAAGAGGAUGAAGAUAAGCGGAAGGAGCUGGAGAAGCAAAUGGAGGAAGAGAAGCUAAAGAAGGAGAACGAUGCGAAGCUACUGCAACAAAAAGAAUCAGUAAAAGGCGAGCAACAUAAAGAAACAGAUGGAAUAAUACAAGAAGAAAACGAUUCACGACCAGCUGGCUUUCCUGGGGUCUUAAGAGAAAAGGAAUUAGAGGUUCAACAGCAGGAAAGGGAGGAUAGCUCAGUUGUAUCUACUGUCGUACAAAAAGAUACAAAUCGUCCCACAAUGCCAGAAACUCUACCUACAGAAAGUGACGCUGCACGGAGAGAAUCCUCAUCAACUGCUACUGGAACAAAGGCAACAGCAGUAACAACUACUGUCGCACAAUCACCUGAACUUGUUGAUUCCAAACAAACAGAAACACAAAAUGAGUCUGAAACAGACACAGAUAACAGUACUGUUAAUCCUGGUAAUGCUACGCAGCAGUCUUCCCCAGCAGCAGUGAGUACUGCACCCAGUGAUGGUAAUCCCAGUAAUCAAACUAUUGCAGAGAGAAGUGUGACUGCCGCAGACUCAGAAGAAACCAAUUCCACUACUCCGCCAAGCUCCGAGAGCACUACCACAGAAGCAUCAACUACCACUCCAUCUCCUGUUCCUGUACCUAACGCAGUGAUCAACACUAUUCCUCCAAAUAUGCUGACAAAGGCCAAUGUUGACAGCAGUAUCAGUCCUGUGUGGAUGCGCACUGUAGCACCGUUGCUGAUUGUGGUUACACUGGCCUGUAUUCUUGUGUGCUGA